UGUUCUCAACAAAAUUGCAUGAGUGGUAAUAACAUUAGAUGUCCAUGUAAAAAAUAUCGCAACAUUAAAUACAAGGAUGUUGAAACUGUUAGAUAUCACCUUCUUCAUGAUGGAUUUGUUAAGGACUAUUUUUUUUGGAAACAUCAAGGUGAAAUAGAUGUGAUCGGUGAGAUUUCUUUUGGUAAUGAUUUGAUCAAUGGUGCUCAACUUGAAUUGGGAUAUGAUAAUUCAUAUCGACAAAUGAUUUUGGAUACUGCUGGUCCCAACUUUAACUAUGGUUCGAGUUGGCAACCUUACAACAAUAUUGAAUCCGGGCUAUCUCAUCCGUAUGAACCUUCAAUUGAGGAAGAACAUGAAAUUUUGAUGGAGGAGAAGCCUAAUUUAGAGUACCAAAAAUUUUAUGACUUGUUGUACUCUGCUGAUGCAAAAUUAUAUCCUGGUUCUUCCCUCUCUCAACUUGCAGUAAUCUCUUGAAUGUUAAAUAUUAAGAUGGAAAAUACUAUGUCACAGAGGGGUUUUAACCAAAUGAUGCAAUUGUUUAAAGAGGCUUUACCGAAAGAUAACCUACUAGUUGAUAUUUAUUAUUAGACUAAGAAGCUAGUACGUAGCUUAGGUUUGCUGGUGGAAAAGAUUGACUGUUAUUGGGAAGACCAUGAACAUCCUACCUCUUGUAAAUUUUGUGGCAAAGAGAGGUAUAAGCAUCGAGUUGGCUCUCGUUAGAGGAAAUCGGUCCCUUACAAAAGGAUGUAUUAUUUUUCUUUGAUUUCUAUAUUGAAGAGAUUAUAUGCAUCACAUACUAAAGCAACUGACAUGACAUGGCAUCCUGAACAUAUAAAAGAGGAUGGAGUAAUACGUCAUCCAUCAGACUCUGAAGCUUUGAAGAACUUCAAUGAAAGUCAUCUUUUUUUUGCCGAUGAACCAAGAAAUGUUAGGUUGGGGUUAUGUAUUGAUGGUUUCCAACCAUUCAGUCAGUCUGGGAGAAAAUAUUCUUCAUGGCCAGUAAUUGUCACUCCAUAUAAUUUACCUCCAGGGAUGUGCAUGAAAGAGGCUUAUAUGUUCUUAACUGUCAUUGUUCCUAGGCCAAAAAAUCCCAAACAUAAAAUUGAUGUUUAUCUGCAGCCUCUAAUAAAGGAAUUGACCUUGUUGUGCGAGACAGGUGAAGAAGCAUUUGAUAUCUCCAUAAAACAAAAUUUUCAAUUGAGGGAAGCUUUGAUGUGGACAAUCAGUGACUUUCCAACAUAUUCUAUGUUAUCAGGAUGGAGUACUGUAGUAUGAUUGUGCAACGUUUGCAAGAAGAAUUUCCAAAUGUCUCUCAAGAUCAAAUAAAUGAGAGCCCUGAAGCAAAUUUCUCUAUAUGGUUCAAGGAAUAUUUUCAUACAGAUUUUCAUGGUAGCGCAAGAUUAAUAAUGAACAGUGGAGUUUGUAUUUCAGAUCCAAAUUUUGGGGAUUUCUAUGGACGGAUAAAAGAGAUUAUAGAAGUGGAAUACCGUGAAGCACCUUUAAAGCAAAUUGUACUAUUCAAAUGUGAAUGGUUUGACCCAAAUAUGGAUGUUGGUGUUAAAAAGCAUAAUCAAUAUAAAUUGGUUGAUAUUAACCAUCACCGUCGGUAUAAAAACUAUGAACCUUUUAUUCUGGCAAUACAAGCAACUCAAGUGUGUUAUGUGUCUUAUCCUAGCAAGAAAAAGAACAAGGAUGAUUGGGCAGUUGUAUUGAAGAUCAAACCUCUAAAUGUUGUUGAAUUACCUGAUGAGAAAAUUGAGACAGCUGUAGAACUGAAUAUUCCAUUUCAAGCUAAAGAAGUUCAAGUCUAUGAGAUAGACAUGAAUGUUGCCACGGAUGAAAGUAUACACUUACAUGAUCCAAAUGGUGGCUUAAUUAAAAUGAAUGAACUCAUUGAUGAUGGUUUAUUGCAAGAGCAUCAUGAGAUCCAAGAGGAUGCUACAAAAGAAGAGUAUGAAACUAAGGAAACUGAGGAUAAUGAUGACGAAGAUUUUGAAGAAGAUACAGAUAGUGAUUAGUGCUUGAUAAAAAACAUGCUAUUGUAUCUUAAUUUUAUUUUGUGAGCAGUCAUUUUGUCGAACUAGUAUCAUUUUCUUUGUCUCUACACAUUGUUUACUCAAAACUUGUUGCUUCAACUGGUUUUUUGCUCUA